GGAAGUUGACAUUCGCUGAAGUUCCAUUCUGCAGCGGCGUAGUUACCAACCAGGACAAUCAAACAACAAUAAAAACCACGGUGUUGAAUUAAUUUGGACAACGAGUACCAGCAUGGCACAUUACAAGGCUCCAGACCACAAGAGGGAGCAAUUUCGCAGAUACUUGGAGAAAGCUGGUGUUGUUGAUAGUCUCACCAGUGUUCUAGUGGCGCUGUAUGAACAACCAGAGAAGCCCGCCAAUGCCUUGGAAUUUGUCAAGCAGAACCUCGGCACCCCAGGCCUCACUGCCGCCGACACCGAGGCUCUACAGCAGGAAGUGGUUGAACUGAGGCAGAAGUGCGCACGACUGGAGGAGGAGAACCUAGACCUCAAAGCCAGGCUGCAGAGCCACGAGCCGCCUGAAGAUGCAGCUGCUACUGAAUAGACUCCAGCAGAACUUCAGGGUACCACUUUGGAUACUUUACGUUAUCGCUACUUGUCUCCAAUAUUUAACUUAUUUUGUACGUGUACAUAUAUACAGUAAACAUUUGUUCAUUCCAUUUUUAGGGUAGCAUAAGGGUGUAAAGUGCCUUAUGUGAUUAGACAAGUCACUUCCAAACACAUGGGAUGUUUUAGUUAGGAAUUGGUGGAAACGAUGUCAACUGGGAUUGUAAUGCUGAUACUCAAAAAUCACGCAAAGAUUUGGGCAUUAUCAUUGGAUUGUCACCAUUUUAAUUCCGAUUAUUGUAACACGUGUAGAACAUUCUUAUAGUAUUUACUUUGACAUGCUCAGGAAGUAACCCCACUUCAGACUGUUUAUAUCUUGUGACUGAGUCCACGUUCCCGUAUUUAGAAUUACAACUGAACCUGAAGACUAAAUUAUUCACUUAGUAGAGCUUAAGUUUCUUUACAUUUCAGUCACUGUGACUACCAUUGAUUAAAACACAUCUUGCACAUACAUACCCAAUUGUUUACUCUUUAUCUAAAGUAAUUGUGGAAACACACACAAAAAAGAGCAUUCACAGAGCACCUUUUGAGGCAGACUAAGCAAAAAAAAAAAAAAAAAAUGUUAAUGUGCUGGAUUUGGCAAAAGAAAUGACGAGACGAUGAGACGUAGGCCUUGACAGAGGUCUUUAAUUCGCUCACACGCAACUCCACAAGGUUUCACAAGAAACAUAAUUUAACAAUUGUUAUCCACGUUUGUUGAAGUUUGGCCUUGGUGGAGGUCUGCACUUUCUUACUUGAGGAUUUCUAAAUUGGCUUAUGCCCCACCAACAUCUCCAAAUUGAGUGGAAAAGACUAGCUUCGUGCUAUAAAAUGAAAUAAAAACUAUUUUAGACCCACUUUUGGUAACAUUUUGGCCUUGGCAGAGGUCAAGUUCAUGGUUUUCUGGACCCCAAGUUGUCCACCGGAUGCCAUAAUGUUGUGGAAAAUGGACAGAAAUAGUUUUGCAUAAUGGUGCGUAUACGGGAUUAAGGAAAACAAAAUCCAUUGGCCUUGGUGGAGGUCUGCGCUGUAUUAUUUUUUCCCUUGCCUCAUCAAAGUUGUUUUUGUGAAAUCCAACACAUAAAGCAGAUUCAUUAGCGAUAAAUUGUAAGACCUUGGAGGAGGUCUGUAUUUUUGACUCAUGUCCCAUCGUAAAGUUGUUUUUGCAGCACAUAAAGUAUAUCAAUCAGCGAUAAAUUUACGUUUGGCCUUGAUGGAGGUCUGCAUUGCUUUUUUUUAUUGACCCAUGCCUCCUGAGGCUGUGAAAUCCAGCACAUGAGACACAUUCAUUAGCGAUAAAGGAGUUGUUUUAACAGUUUGGCUUGGUGGAGGUCUGCACUCCCUCACAGGGAGAUUUCAUGACUUCCUAACUGAUGCAACAACCCUAGUGGAAGCAAUGGGUUCUACUGUAAGUCAGAUUUGAAGGUCCCUUGCUUGUCUGCUACUCACCACACUAGCCUCGGACGCCCUGCGGCCGGAGGAGGAAGCUGCUCUUGGGUUGCGUUUGGAGUUCUCCGCCAAGCCUGAGGUGGACUGCCAGCUUUGAAGCCCCAACGGGGUGCCUUCCUCACAUCCGCAUGAGUCCGUGUCUGAGCUCCUGCCCUCCAGCACGGUGGCGCACCUGAGGGGGGCAUCGUGGGGCCCCCAUGGCCUCCUUACUGUCUGAAAGGUAUAAGAUGAAGAAGCCUUCUGUGGGCUACUUCUUCCACUACUGGUCUCCUUAUCCUGACUCCUUAAGUCCUCCUUAUUCACAUCAGUUGGAGCCAUAGUGGAGUCGUCCUGCUUGCUCGCUCCCUGACAACCUGCAGAAGGUUGCGUUGGGUAGAAACGGCUUCCCCGCCUGGUCUCCAUGAAGACAAAGUCUCCCGGUGCUGAAACUAAUGUGGCUUUUCUGUGACCUACUUGCACCACCGAGGCUUUUUUGCUUCUGUAAAAUUCCAAGUCGUCCCUUUCGUCCCACAAAUGUGGAUAAAAGUCCAGGAUGUCCCUCCUAAUUCUCUUGUAGCCCAGGUAGAGGACUUCCAAGAUGUUGAGGAAGAGAGACAUGGCGGCGAUGCACUGCAUGAAGACCAUGAAGACGCUCUUCUCCGUGGGCCUGGACACGUAGCAGUCCACAGCGUUGGGGCAAGGGUAGCGCUGGCAUUUGAACAAGGGGUGCAAGCGGAAGCCGUAGAGAAGGUACUGGCCCAGCAUGAAGGCCACCUCCACCACGGAGCGGGUGACCACAUGGGCCACGUAGGUGCACAGCAGAGACCCCCUGAGGGGAGCUUUGUUGGGCUUCCCUUGCUCCAGCUGCUUCAUCUCCCGCUCGAUCCUCUUCCUAGAUUCCACCCACUCUGCGUCCACCUCCUCCAGCUCCUUCCUGAGCGCAGCCUUCCUCCUCCGCCGGGCCUUCUCCAGGGCCCGCAGCCUGUAGAGGGCGUGGCCCAUGUAGACCAGCGAGGGCGAGGACACGAAGAUGACCUGCAGCACCCAGUAGCGGAUGAGCGAGAUGGGGAAGGCCAAGUCGUAGCAGGCGUUCCGGCAGCCCGGCUGUUCAGUGUUGCACACAAAGUCGGCCUGCUCGUCGUUCCACACAUCCUCGGCUGCCACGCCGAGGACCAGCAUGCGGAAGACAAAGAGCAGGGUGAGCCAGAUCUUGCCCACCAUGGUGGAGUGGAUGUGCACCUCUUCCAAAAUGCCUCCGAGGAAGUUCCAGUCACCCAUCUUCACUCUACCAUUGUGACUGGAAAAGCACACGCAGCGAUAAGACUUAUAGGACAUCUGCUACCUUUCAUGGUGACAUCAAUAAAGUACAGUUUGACGAUUUAUGUCACUCGUAAAUUCAAAUACCUCCUUUCUAGAUCAAUACAACUUUAGAACAGUCAUUGUAAUUGUUCAUUUUAACAAUUUUUUAAAUUAAAAUGCUAUUGGUAAUGCUUGAGGUAAGGUUUUAAGGCAGGAAAAAAGUUAAGUAUUUUGUCAUGUUUAGUACAUGUACAUAUUUUAAAUGUCUAUAUUAGCAUUUUUAAAAAGAUGAUUUGACAAGAUACGGUGUACAAGCAGCUACCAUAAAAUAAUCCUAGCAUGCAGUAUGUUUAAUACAUUUUAAACAUAAAUUUGCACUCAAAUCUUGUGCCACCACUUUACCUUUAGCCUUAAUAGCAUAGGAAACAUGACAUUGAUAAGGGUCAAUUUAACCUACAUAAUGUAUUUUUUGGCUGCUAGUAGUAGUUAUAUAAAAACAGAUGGUCAUAUCAUUGCUAACAGGUUUGCUUACCUUGCAGAAGCAUGGACGGACUGCCGAUGGUGACUUAAAUCCCCUCGGGUCAUACGGUCCCUGGUAAUUCCUAAUUAAAUACGGUCCCAAAAAAGUUAGCAUCCCCCUACUGUAAACUCCAAGUGACCCUCCUCCUCCUCACUCUGCCAAGUGUUCGAGGGACGAGUGCCAACUUGCACAGUGAGCAACGGCCAUGCAUGUCAAUAUGCAUGAUGCAUGCAUUUAGGUCAUAACACACAUACUGACCUCAAGCACAUCAGCUCUAUUUAGGUUUUCAAAUCUAUAGGGGGCGUUUUUCCACAUAGUGACGCAACACAUACUGUAUGUAUAUGUGUGUUCCAAGUCCUACAUGAUUGUUUACACAGGACUGUUAUAUAUGUACAGUAGGGAGAAAAAACGGAUGCUGCAGCCCGGUCGUCAAUACAGGCCCUGUUCAAUCCAUAGAUUUUAAAAAAAAAAAUCUAUGUGUAAUUACAGUAUGUCUGAUUUCACACUCCACUGGUGGUAAAGACGAUUUCAUGAACUCACGUGACGGGAUCCCAUUUAAGCAUUGGGAAACAGCGACAUAUAUUAUACAGUAUUGUACUUCCAAAAGGUGCAGUUACAUGUAAUCUUGUCAGAGCAUCUUCAUGCUGGAAGAUGUUGAAUUGACUUGUGAGACAGCACCCUCUGCUGGAUUCAUAGCUGCAGCACUUAUACAUACUGGAAUUAUAAAAUAAUUUAAGCAGACAUUGUAUUACUGUUUCCUUAAAUAUUGGCCUCCGCUCUACUCGAUGCCAUGCUUCAAUUAAUUGUCAAGUCCAAAUGAAUAAAUAAACCCAUCACAUCGACUGCUUCUUUUUUUUUUUUUACCCUUUGGGGGAAAAAAGUCAUUUGUCAACAAAUCAUACAAAAAAUAUUUAUUUGUGCACAUAGUGUAUUUCACUAUACUCCCAAAUUACCACAAUACACUACUAAUGAAAUUCAUCAUUUUACAAUAUCAAACAUAAAAUGUUUAUUAGUCUGUUUUUAAUUAUUU